AGAGACAGUAUAUGCUUCUUUCAUCAUGACUUUUGACAACAUGUGCAGGCUCACUCUGACUGCAGGUCUCUGUUUGAUCAUGGCCAGCUUGGCCUCUCCCUCAGCCUCUACCCCAGCCUCUCCCUCAGCCUCUCCCUCAGCCUCUACCCCAGCCUCUCCCUCAGCCUCUCCCUCAGCCUCUCCCUCAGCCUCUUCCCACAGGCUGGUGUGUUACUACAACAGCUUGUCUGAAAAAAGAGGGAAGUUCACGGUUUCAAAUAUUGAUCCAAACAAGUGUACCCACUUGAUCUACGCCUUCUCUGACAUUAACAAACAACACAGGCUGGUCCCGAGCACAGCAACUGACAUACUACGCUAUCAGGCCUUCAAUGGACUCAAAACCAGAAAUCCACUGCUUAAAACCCUGUUGGCUGUUGGUGGCCUGAACUUUAACACACAAAAAUUCAGUGCAAUGGUGGCAACACAACAAAACAGAGCAAAGUUUAUCAGGUCUGCUAUCACACUACUGAGAGCAAAUGGUUUCGAUGGGAUAAACCUUGACUGGCGGUACCCUGGAGGAGCUGGAAGCCGACCACAGGACAAGCAUAGAUUCACACUGCUGUGCAAGGAGCUCAAAGAGGCCUUUACGGCUGAGGGAACAGCAGAUAACCGAUUACUGAUCACUGCCAGUGUCUCUGCUGAGAAAGCAAUCAUUGAUGCCAGUUAUGAAGUCGCACAGAUUGCCAAGUACCUGGAUUUCAUUAAUGUGCUGACAUUUGACUUUCACGGACCCGGGAAAAGUGUCACAGGACAUCACAGCCCCUUAUAUCAGGGAUCCCAGGACACUGGAAACAACAUCUACGCUAACACUGACUAUGCCAUGCGGUACUGGAAGGACCAGGGAGCACCGCCACAAAAGAUAAACAUGGGGUUAGCGGCAUACGGGCGAGUUUUUAACCUCUCCUCUGCAUCCAGUGUUGUUGGAGCACCAGCCAGUGGUGCCGGUAUAGCAGGUCUCUUCACUGGUGAAGAAGGACUCUGGGCCUAUUAUGAGACUUGCCUUUAUCUUGAAAGAGUAGAAGUCCGGAUGAUCUCUGAUCAGAGCGUUCCAUACGCCACCACAGGAAAUCAGUGGGUUGGAUUUGACAACCACUACAGCCUUGAAGUUAAGACCAGUUACCUAAAGGCUAAUGACUUUGGAGGAGCUUUUGUCUGGUCUCUGGACCUGGAUGACACUAGUGGACAGUUCUGUAAACAGGGCAACAACCCUUUCAUCAGCCACCUGCACACUCUCCUGUGUCCAGGUUUUCCUGAUCUUACAGCAGCUCCCACAACUGGAGCUCCCACAACAGUAGCUCCAACAACAGCCGUUCCCACAACAUAUGCUGUCACAACAGCAGCUAAUACAGACCCAUGUAACGGACAGCAAUUUGGGCACUUUCCUGACAGUACUGACCCAACCUUUUUUUUCAACUGUGUCUUUGGGGAAGGCAUCAGGCAAAAAUGCCCAGCAGGGUUGACUUUUCAAGAAUCUUGUGGCACAUGUUGUUCUCCUGACCAUAUAGCCGCUCCCACAACAGCAGCUCCAACAACAGCAGCUCCCACAACAGCAGCUCCCACAACAGCAGCUCCCACAACUGUAGCUCCACUUAAUACAGAUCCAUGUAAUGGACAGCAAUUUGGGCACUUCCCUGACAGUACUGACCCAACCUAUUUUUUCAACUGUGUCUUUGGGGAAGGCAUCAGGCAAAAAUGCCCAGCAGGGUUGACUUUUCAAGAAUCUUGCGGCACAUGUUGUUCUCCUGACCAUACAGCAGCUCCCACAACAGCAGCUCCCACAACAGCUGCUCCCACAACAGCAGCUCCCACAACGAUCCAGUUCUGA